GCGGGACGUUGGUAAAGCAAACCCACUAGCACACGAACAGAGGGAAAUCAAUUUAAACCGUUGUUGUUGAUUUACUUCACACACUGAUUUGAGAUGUCAGUCCCUCAGUCUGCCUCAUCGAAAAGUUUUACCUCAACUCCACUCAAAAGCAAAUCCACCGUCCCAAGGAGCAUCCCGAGAAGCAGGAGUGUGGAAUCGACAGGCGAUUCAACCUACUCCCUAUUGUCCCCCAUUUACCACGAUAGCUUUGAAUUAUCAGAAGACGAUAAGGAAGAAGCACUGAAACAGUUUCAGUCACAUGAUCCCUCUCUCACAGAACAUGAAGGUGUAUUACCCAUCAGUCCAAGCAGGAAUGAGUCCCUUCAUGGGGAAGAUACCUCUACAGGAAAAUUGAAUCUGAGUGCAUGGGAGCAGUGGCUUGUGAGUAAAGCCAAAGAAGAGCGAAUCAAAAUGCACCAGAAAUCCCUGCAGCAACAAGCUCUGAAAGAAAAGAAGGAACGAGAAGAAACGGAACAACAAAGAAAAAAAGCAGUCAGUGAAUGUAAAAUUCAAGAGUGGCUUCAAAUGAAGAGAGAACAGGAAAAACAGGAAAAGCUUUGCCGGGAGUCUCAGAAAACAAAUAAAAUGCUUCAAGAAGAACAGAAACGGUUGGAGAUGGAAAAAAAAGCCCAAGAAAAAUAUAGCGCAUGGGUCCACAAGAAAAAGCAUGAGGAAAAGGAAAGGAAAUUGAAAGAGCAAGAAGAAAUCGCGAGAAGAGAAAAUGAGGAGAGAGAACGGAAAGAGAGAGCAGAUGAGAAGUUUAAAGAGUGGCUUCAAAGCAUUAAGGACAAAGAAAGACAUAAACGUCAGUCAUCUGCAUGUUCAAUUAGUGGCUAUGACAAUCUAAACUAUCCAGCUCCCAGUUUUGUGAAUCCUAUUCCUUGGAAGCCCAUUCACAUUCCUCAGCACGACAGAACAGCCAAGAAGAACUCGACACACAGGAAGCAGCCAGGUCCACCGAAAUAUCACUCAACUCCAUGUCUCACUUACAAACCAAAAGACACGAUCAGCUGUGCAUCCAAAAGAUGGUGAUACUCUCGGAUUAAGAGCAAACAUGGAACUUUUUAUUGUUAUUAAAAUGUACAGUACAAACAGGAAGCUUUUUUUUUUUAAUGUUGAAGGAUGAUUUUAGAACUCUGUGUGGUCUUGAUCUUGCAUAAAUGUAACUUUCAAUUGUUUACAGUGCUCACAGGCUAGUUUUCCACUUCACUGACACCACACAGGAAUGAGGUGAUGGUUAUAACUGUGUAAUUUUGGAGGAAGUGAUUGAAAAAAAAAAGCACUUUUAAAACCUGAAGGUGUUUUUUUCCCUCUAAUAAAAUUCUUCUGCAUAAGCAAGGAUAGGAAAAUUCAAGUUUUCAAUAUAUCAGCACACUCUGUAUGUUUGGUUUCAUGGAGUUUCCAAAGGAACCAAAACUAGACUUGCUAGGAUUAGUAAUUAAUGAGUCUUUAUUCUCGUUUAUACGUACAGGCUUACUCCUACACUUCUCUCACAAAGACUUCUCUGUCUCAACAAGUAGCCUGUGUGCUCCAAGCAGCGCGUAUUCAGGGGAGGACAGAAUUCAGUAGACAAUGACACAGUAAAACUGAUGUUGGUUACUGUCAGCACAUGUUAGUCCUAAGUCUUUCUUCACAAAAAGCAGGCUUUUUUAUUUGCGCAGGUAUAAAAAAGCUUUUGGCUCAAAAUAAAUGUCAGGUGUCUAUUUCA